GUCGAAUGGCCGUAGUUUCUCUAGAUUCUGAUCUACUAAUAGCCACAAUCAAUGAAUUUUACACAACAACAGAUGAGCACAGAAGACAUGAAAUUGAUGCGAUUUUAUGUCGAUUCAAGACUGACUAUGAAUGUAUGCAAACAGUUGGAGCAUGUAUGAGAAUUAUCAGUCAACCUACAAGCUCAUCAAUUGUCAGAUAUUUCGGUGCAGUGGCUCUUUACGAUGUGAUUCGAGUACGAAGUGAAGAGUGUAUUGCAAAUGAGGCAGUGCAAUUAAGCUUGAAAACAUUUCUGAUUGAUAGCUUAAAAUCUGGAGCCUAUGCUCAAACAACAUCAGUUUUGAAUAAGCUUUCUGCUGCACUUGCUCUCUUUUCUCUAUACUGUGUACCUGAUCUCUGGCCGACGCCUGUUCAAGAUCUGACACCGACACUCGCAGGAUCUCCCGAAAUAUUGUUAAAAGUACUUUCCGAUAUGGCAGCUGAGUUUUCGCAUGUCACAAUGCCAUUGACACAGAGGAGUAAACUGAAAGGCGAAUUGCACAAAUUCUCCGAGAAUAUAAUAAGCGUACUAGCAGUCGUACUUCGCGGCGGUGACACCUCUUCAAUCACAAAACAAGCAGCUGUGGAAUGUGUUGAACAAUGGUUAAGAUUACCUGGAAUGGCUCUUGAUCAAUGGACUCAUGUAUUAUCAGACGUCCUUGGAGCAGUAGUUCAGGAUUGCACUGCUCUCGCGAGCAUUCUGGAUAUUAUUGCGGAAAACGACGAAUUCCAUCGAAAUUCCACCCUUAUCAUUAGCAUUUGUCAAUACAUUUGUUUCAACGUUUCCGGUAAAAUUGAAGAAGAACUAGGUGCGGAUGCAUCGAGUGAAGAAAUUGCGACACUGGUGGCUGCCACGUGUAGUGUCUCUGAAAACUCUGUGCCAACACUUGUCGAGUGUGCAGCUCAAGGGGGAGAUUCGGAGCUUGUAAUACGUCUAUCACAAGUAAUGCAAGUUCUUGCGAAUAUGCAAGGACAAUAUCCAUUAGAAGAAAUAGUCUCAGAUCUUCCUUCAAUUUAUUUCAUUACACUACGAACUGAAAUCAUGCAGACAAUCAAUUCUGGAAUUCAAAUUGAUAAACAAAUUCUUAGCCAAAUCGGUCAAAUCUAUGCAAAAAUUCUUGAAAUGUCAAUAAAAAAGCUCGCGUUUCCAUCAAAAGAGAUAUGGCUCAGUUGGAAUCUUGAAGAACGAGAACAAUUUGAAUCAUAUCGAAAGACUCGAAGUGAAGCUUCUUAUGAUUCUUAUCACUUUUCUGCGGCUGGAACUCUUGAUUUUUUGAAUCAAACAUUGGAGCAGGCACUUGGUGCUGGUGAUGUUAAUAGAACGGAGUCGUGUAUCUUCCAAUGGGAAUGUGUAGCUGAUUAUCUCGGGGAAACCGAUUACACAGCCAUACUAAAAUGCCUUGAAAUGUGUGCUUCAUCUCAAUUAUCUGCACCACCACCGUCCACAUCUUCUUCUUCUUCUGAUAAAAUCGAUAUUGAUUUGAAUCGUCGUGGCGAGACCCUUAUGAGACUUUUCUAUUCUUUGUCACAUUUAAUUCAAGAACAUGAACAAGCCAAAGAGCUCGAGUGUGCUCUAAUUCCAAUAAUUUUGACAUAUGUUUCGACAAGAAUUCCAAGUGUCAGGCAAGCAAUUGAUACGUUACAGAAAUUUAGUGAGGAUCGGCCAGAGAGUUUGGAUAUAAUUGGGGAACAAAUCUCAACAACAUGCUACGAGUUUUUCAAUUCUUCAAAUGCACGUGAUUCGGAUCGAUUAGCAGCUCUAAAAUGUAUUGGAUAUGUUUUAUCGAGAAGAAAACCGUCUGAAACUAUGAAAAUCAUUGGUCAAAUUUUGAGUCAGCAGAACAUUAAUGAACCAGGAAUUGAUGAUCAAACCAGACAUCGACGAUAUGCAUUCCAGAUUAACACUUUUUCCGCUUUGUUCGCCAGUUUAACCAAUAAAAAAGAUUCCAACUCAACGUCACUUGGAGAAAAUGAUGAAGAACCGACUAUAGUUCAAUUGCUUUGUGAGGCGAUUCCGGUUUUUGAAACACUAUGUAGUGGUGGAAGUGGAUUGGAUGGAAGCAAUAGUGGUUCACUUAUUCAAGAAGUUUGUAAAGCUGUACGAUCAGCACUGACAUCUCUACCAGAACACUAUCUACCUUCGUUUUUCCCAUUUAUUGUUUCACUUCUCAAUUCGUCUCUAUUUGUAACAGAAUCAGUUAUUGCGGCUUGUGCACUUGCAAAAUCUACGGUUUUGCAAUGCGGAUCGCUCGUUGGUGUGGAUAUGGCAAAUGCAUUUGCACAAUGGAUUCUGGCGUUCGAACAACAUGUAGAGUCGCCACAAGUUGAUGAAUAUCUCCAGCUGAUCUACCAAGUUGUGCGGAAAAAUUGGAAAAUGAUUAGAAAGUUCCCAGAUCCAUCGAUGGCCGCAUUUCAGUCUUCUCUUAAAAUUUGUAGUUUUAUAAUCCUCAACUCGUCUGUUCCAACUGAAGUUCGAAGUGCUUCUCAGAUUCUUGCGGCUCUUGCCACCUAUGCCACUUCCCAUGAUGACGUUGCAAUGAAAUCAACGUUCGCCGAGAAUGGUCCAAUUUUGAUUCGUGCUGUAUUUCGAAGAGUACAAGGAGAGCUAAUGCGGCCGACUGUUGAAGCAUUGGCUGAUAUUCUUCUCUUUUACUUUAAAGAGUUCACCACAGACACAAGAACACUAAUAAGUGGAGAACCAUACGGGACAUCAGCCCUUGUAACAUCCAUGUUUCGAGAAAUUGGAAAUCCGCGAAACUUCAAGCAACAAACGAUUCGCUUCAAUUUGGCCGCUCUUCGCGAUCCGGGAUCCAUCUAGUCAUAUUUAGUACAAAUCAUCUAUAAUCCUACUAUUGUUUAAAUUUCUUUUCCUGUUAUCUAGUAACCGUUUGUUUUUUUUUCUCAUUGUGUGACGAGUAUUUCCAGUGUGCCCUUUCAAUUUAUGUAAUCGCGUGUGUGAAUUUUUGUUUUUGAGAUUAAUAAUUAUUAAAUACAUUGAUUUAUUUGUAAA